AUGCCCUCAGGCAAGAAACCCAAGGUUGGCGGAGUCUUCGGUCGCAUAGUUCUUUUCGCCAACCUGGUUGUGAUUAUGGCUUACGGCGCCGUCACGCCACAAGAGAUGUCCAAAGUCACGGCCAUCUGCGUAACGAUUGGCAUCGGUGGCCUUGCUAUGGCCGUCCAAACCUACGUCACGGUAGCCGUCUUUACCUGCCUCCCUUACAACAUAUGGGCAGUGAUUGGGCUCGACGGAUUAUGCGCAGCCGGGUGGGCUGCUGCAAUCGCCGUGCUGUCGUAUUGGGACCGUAACGUGGUCUAUAUGCCAGGCAACGGCGAUCCUCAGGCGUGGUUCAAAUGCGCCAACGCCAAGUACUGGGAUACUGUUCUGACGAGCGAUGGUUUCGGGCAAUGGAUCAAUAUCGUGUGGUGCCAGGUGAAAGUGAACGGACAAUACCGGCUGGUUGGCAACGGUGCAGCACGGCAACAGCUUCAUGUGUUGAUCGGGCUCUCCACCGUCUCUCUUUUCUUCACCGGAUUGCUCCUGUUAUGGAUGGUGAAGAGAGGAUCACAUCUUGGCUUAAUAAAACCGCGUCAUUGA